CGGGGCUGGCGCCUUUGAAUCUGAGAGGCGGCGUUCCAAGGUGGAAGGAUGUGGAGCUGAGGAGCGUAUUAAGGGCGCAUGCAAUAAUGAUGCCUCAGAAGAGAGAGAAGAGCUCCCAGACAGAAAAAAAGACUUUACAAGAUUAUUACCAGACUGACCUCUCAGCUUGGGAAGUAGAAGAAAAACCAGAUGACAGCAACAGUAUCUUGAAACAAGACAAGCCAGUGGAAGAUUAUGAACAUGCUGAGGAUCAAGCUGGAGACGCACUGCAGAAAGCAGUGGGGUACUUUGAGAAAGAUCCCACUAGAAAUUUAAGGAGUAAAGAUAAGAACUUGGAAAAGCACUUCAGUAUUGUGGAAAAUGUGGCUUGGAAGAAUGGGUUAUCGCCAGAAACAAUUGACAUUCUGCUCAACGUUGCACUCCGUGGUAGAUUUGGGAAUGCUAUAAACACACGGAUAUUGAAGUGUCUGAUUCCAGCAACUGUAAUAUCAGAAGAUUCUGUGGUUAAGGCAGUCUCUUGGCUUUGUGUUGGCAAGUGUUCUGGUAGCACCAAGGUACUUUUUUAUCGUUGGCUGAUUGCAAUGUUUGACUUCAUUGAUCACAAGGAGCAAAUUAACUUGCUCUAUGGCUUCUUUUUUGCUUCAUUGCAAGACGAUGAUCUGUGCCCUUAUGUCUGCCAUUUGCUCUAUCUAAUUACCAUAAAAGAGAACGUUAAGCCAUUUCGUGUGAGAAAACUGCUUGAUCUUCAGGCAAAAAUGGGAAUACAGCCUCAUCUCCAGGCAUUGUUGUCAGUGUAUAAGUUCUUUGUUCCUACUUUGAUUUCUGUGUCUUUGCCUGCAAGGAGGAAGAUUUAUUUUAGGAACUCAGAGAAUCUGUGGAAGACGGCUCUGCUUGCUGUGAGACAAAGGAAUCAAGGUCUUUAUACAGAACCUAUAAAACUGAUGUUAGGUCCAACUGAAAUUCGUCCUCUGAGAAGAAGGUGGAAGUCUCACUCAAUUAUUCCAGUGCUAAACUCCAGUACCCACACUAAUGAAUGUGGAAAAAAAGAGAUGAGUCUUUCUGACUGUCUUUGUAACAGUGGAUCAUUGCCACUAGAACAGCUUCGAAAAUUCCCUCAACUCCUAGAGAACAUCCAUUGUUUAGAGCUGCCUUCUCAGAUGGGCUCAGUGCUAAAUAACUCUCUGCUCCUUCACUAUAUCAACUGCAUCAAAGAUGAGUCAGUCCUACUGAGACUCUACUACUGGUUGAGUCAAACAUUACAAGAAGAAUGUGUUUGGUACAAAGUGAAAAAUUAUGAAAAUGUAAAAGAGUUUACCAGCUUUCUGGACACGAUCAUCAGGGCAGAGUCCUUCUUACACGAGGGAUUUUAUUCCUGUGAAGCGUUCCUGUAUAAAAGCAUUCCUCUCUGGGAUGGCUUCUGUUGCCGGUCCCAAGUCCUGCAGCUUGUGAGCUGGAUCCCUUUUAAUAACUUCUCUGAGCUGAAACCACUUCUUUUUGACCAUUUGGCACACCUUUUCUUUACAUCAACCAUUUAUUUCAAGUGUAGUGUUCUGGAGAGUCUGAAAGAGCUACUGCAGAAUUGGUUGCUGUGGCUUUCUAAGGACAUCCACUUGAAAUCUGAGACAAGCAGUUCUCUAGAUGGAUCUGUAUGUGAAUCUAUGGACUCUGUAUGUAAACUAAUUCACUAUGUGGGGUGGCUGUCCACUAUUGCCCUGCGCUUGGAGAGCAACAGUACUUUCCUGAUGCACUUUAUUUUGGAUUUCUAUGAGAAGGUAUGUGACAUAUAUAUGCAUUAUAACCUUCCAGUACUAAUGAUGCUUCCUCGUGCAAUUUUCUAUUCUGCACUCCUCACUGUGGAUGCCAGUAUUCUGAACCAGCUCUGUUAUAUUAUGCACAGAUAUCAUACAAAUUUGACUGCUGCAAAGAAAAAUGAGUUGAUACAAAAGGAAAAAUCAAAGUUAAAUUUUAACAGCAAGAUCUAUCAGGAAUUUAACUGCUGUUUGGCAACCAUGGUUGGUUCUCUGUGGACAUCCAGACCCUUCAAUAAGGGAAUCUGUUUGACUCCUGAAAUCCUUGGAAAACUUGGAAUAGAAGAGUAUAGGAAGAGUUUGAAUUUAGUCCACCACCCUUCUCUAUUGAGUUAUGCUGUUUCUUUCUUGCUACAGGAUGCGCCAGAAAACAAGACCAUAGAGUUGAGCUCCAUUCAGGGAAAGAAAUGGAACUUGUAUUUGGAAUAUUUAUUUUCAGAGGAGUUUCAAGGCUUGAAACAUUUCAUGCAAAGUUGUAUUCGUCGUUCUUCUAUCUCCUGAUCAGAGAGCACAAACUGUGAUGAUCAAAGUUAAAUGAUGUUGACAUAAACAACAUUCCAGACUGCAUUGCUUCUUCAUUGCUAGAGAGACCAAGUAGCUCAGCCUGAGUUUCUGUAUUCACUUCCAUAACUGCCGGCCUUCCUCAGUGAGUACUCAGGCAGGCCUUCUUUCUGGGGAGAAAAGCUUGGAUAUCACCAACUUAUAUUUCAAGACUUAGCUUCCUAGCCUGCUAAUGAAAAAUGGUCUAUUCAUCAUCAGGCUCCGCCUUCCACCACAUGAAGAGGUGCAUCUGUUUUGUGCUAGGGUUUUUCGCAUCUCUGUGUGCUACAAGGUGCACCAGCGGAAGGGAGUGGGUCUUGUACAGUGGCACUUAAUCCACGUGUGCGC